AUGGAUCACGUGAAGCACACAGGCGCAUGCCAUUGUGGGGCUGUCCGAUUCGAAGUCUGGAAUUCCCCAGAACUUAUCGUUUUCGAUUGCGAGUAUGCCGGUUCUUUACCAUUCCAAUAAUACCUGACAGCGUAUCGUUAAUUUUAAAAAAUGGAGAGCAUCUGAUCUUUUCACAUUGAACAGAAUGGUUUAACAAACACUGGACAUCAAGGCAUCCUUUUUAAUAGUGAUGGAAUAGAGAAACAGGUCUGACUGAGAAUGAGAAAAAACGGCCCUAAUCACAAAUGGGGAACUGUCAUGACUCAUGUCUCAAUGUUAUAAUGCAAUAACUGGACAUAACAUAAUUACUGCAAUUCAUGAAAGAAAUGUAGUAUGACAAAAUGACUCACCCAUGUUUCUUUACCUAGCUGUAGAAUUUGCACCAAGAAGCAGAACUAUCAUUAUAUUGUGCCAAAGAAUCAGUUUACCCUUUUAAAGGUUGGAUAACGUUCAUAUGUAUAGAGGUGUCACUCAAAAUGUAUUCAUAUAUGGUUCAGGUUCAUUGGUAGUGAAUCCUGCAAUUAACGUUUAAAAACGGAUUUUGAUUAUCUUGUUUUACAGGGUAUGGAUAAUCUGACCACAUAUACAUUCAAUACACACGCUGCCAUGCACACCUUCUUUAGGACCUGUGGAGUCCAAAGUUUCUACACCCCACGCUCCAAUCCUGAUGGAGAUGGUAAGGACGACCAGUAACAAACACAGUAACAGUCAUGUUUACCUUUUUAUGUAAACCUGAAACACGCCCUGUAUUGUUGUUUGUGGUAAAACAGGGAGGAUAGCAACAUGUUGGUGUGUCUCACAUGCAUGAAACUGAACCGACGGGUUUGGGUGUGUGUUUGUUCCCACCCCAGACAUAGCUCCACACUGUUCGGACCCAGGUACAGUACGCAGUGUGACAGUAGAGAAGUUCUGUAGGCAGAAGUAG